AUGCCCAAAGAUUACCAGGAGGUCUACAGAGGGUCCAAAAAUGAUGUCAAGGAGAUCCCAAAGAUUGCAAAGUCCUUCAUUUCUGAGAUGAUCUUUGUGCAAACCAGCAUCACUGCCAUAAGGAAAGGCGCCUUCAGGUACAUGCCCAACCUGACCAAGAUUUUAUUCAUUAACAACAAUAUCAAGACAGUUGAAUCUGGGGCCUUUGAUGGUUUGGAGAAACUGAGGGAUUUGGAGAUCUCUGGUGCCUCCUUAGAAGAACUAGCUCUGGGCACUUUCCAGAACCUUCCAAACUUGCAGAGGCUGGAGCUGAGAGACAGCCACAUCAGACGCAUCCCCAAAGGCCUCUUUGAAGGGCUGGAGAAUUUGGGAGAGCUGUCCCUGCACAUCAAUGCGAUCCCUUCUCUUCCAGAAGGUAUUUUUGAUUCUCUUGCCAAUCUGACAUUUUUGGAUCUGGCUAGAAACAGGAUCACCGUUCUGCCUGGAGAUGUCUUCAGCAAACUGCCCCAGCUGCAAGUCCUCCGGCUGUAUGAGAACGAGCUGCAGGACCUGCCAGAGGGGCUGCUGGAUGCUCAGCGGGGGCUGCUGGAGCUCAGCCUGCAGAGGAACAGGCUCAGAGUGCUGCCACCUACUCUCCUGAGGAACCUGACCUACCUGGAAAAACUCCUCCUGGACAACAACCUCAUCAGGGUUCUCCCACCCCACAGCUUCUUUGGUUUAAACAGGCUGAAGCUGCUGACUCUAGGUUCAAACCAGAUUACACAGCUCCCCUGCUGCCUUUUUGACACCAUGCCACACCUCUGGGAGCUGGACCUGGGCAGGAACAGUUUAGCCACACUUCCCGAUGGCAUCUUUGUCAACCUCACAUCUCUUGGCAAACUCAUCUUGUCCCACAACCAGCUAGCAGCCCUGCCAAGGGGGGUCUUCACUGGGCUCAACAAGCUCUCGGACCUCCAGCUGGACACAAACCAGCUCUCUGCUCUGGAUCAUGAGGUCUUUGCUCCUCUCCCAAAUCUGAAAACUCUCAAUCUCCGAAUGAACCAGCUAGAGAGUAUCCCCCGAGGACUCUUGGACCCCCUGAAGAGGCUCAGCUCACUGUAUCUGAGUGGAAACCCAUGGAGAUGUGACUGUAAUCUCUGUUACCUGCACAGCUGGAUCCAGGGCAACAGUGAGAAAGUUAAACUGUCCUCCCAAGUGUCCUGUAAGACUCCACCUCACCUGGCGGGGCAAGCAGUGAUAUCACUGAGGGAAAACCAGCUAAUUUGCCCAGCUACUCUGCCUCCUUCGGUUUCUUUCAUCCCAUCCCUACUUCUCAGCUCCACAUCAUCACAAGGGAUGCCACCCUCGCUGCCACCUGAAGACGUGCCCACUGCAGCACAGGCUGUACUGUCAUCAGUGGCCUUUCCCAUUAUGGCACUGCCAACCAUGCCAUUGCCUAUGGCCACCUCCUUCAUGUUGCCAACCACACCGACAGAGAACUUCAUCACUGCUCCUUCACCAACCAUGCUCUCAAAAGCCUCCAUCACCAUAUCACCAUCAACCAUACUGCUCAAGAUUUCUACCACUGCUCCAUCACUGUACAAAGCCUCUAUCACCACCCCAUCACCAACAACGCUGUCCAAAAUUUCCACUACCACUCCAUCACCAGCUGUGCUGCCUAAGACUUCCAUUACUGCCCCAUCACCAUCCGCGCUGCCCAAAAUCUCCAUUACCAUCUCAUCAUCAACUGGGCUUCCCAAGACCUCCGUGAUUUCCUCAUUACCAUCCACGCUACCCAAGAUGUCUAUAAUCUCCCCAUCACCAGUAGUGUUGCCCAAGUUCUCCAUCACCAACCCAGAGCGUGCACUAUCCACUCUAGCUCCCACCACAUCACCAAUUCCAACCACCAUGUGGACAGCAAUCACACGACAAGUGCCUCCUGCUCUUCCAGCACUCACAGAGAGACCAGCAUCCAAUGUUCCUCCACUGCAAGGCCACACAAGUCCCCAGCCAGUCUCCCCAUCCAUGGCUCCAGGUGGGCACCACCAUAGAGAUUUCUCCCCGUGGGCCAACCCACGGCACUGCCGCAUCUCCCUUGCCCUCGGGCUGGCAGUGCUGGUGCUGCAGGUGUGUGCAAUGCUGCUGGGGGUGAAGCUCACCCUUCUCCUCUACCAUGCUGCCCAAGGCCACGAUCCCCCAGUGCCACCAGUGAGGCUGCUGAGUGUCCAAGUGCUGGAUGCCACACACCCAGGCCGGGCUGCAGAGGCGCAUCGCAGUGGUACAGUCCCCUAG